AGUUACUUAUUUAUUUUUUUUCUAUCAAGUGAAAGAGAAUGUCUAGACCAAUAUCAACGAAGUACAGAUAGCCCUGCUAUUAUGACAAGUCAUUUAUUAGAUUUGCUUUUACAAGAUAAACCACAAGAUGCCUCUCGAAUUGUGAAUCUUGUUGAGAAAUCUAAUAUUAGAUUUAUGCAUUUACUACAAGGUAAAGAUGUAGCAGAAGAAGUAGAUGUAUUUUAUACUCCAGCAUAUGCAGCUGGUAAUGUUGUGGUGGAUAGCUUGCUAAGUAAUGUUUUACUAAGUCAAACAUAUUACAAGCCUGAUAUUGUCUCUGUCAUAAAAGCACUUUGUGGUAUGCCUGGACCAUUGUAUGACAAAGACACAGCUCAUACUUUGACAUGUGGCGGAAGAAUCAAAUCGCCAGUUUCACCCUAUUCUCGACAUUUGACUCUUGUUACUAUGCCGCCCUGUUUCAUUGGCAAAAGUUUUGCAUUUUUAUUCGAAAAUCUCGUGAUUGAUCAUGAAGUACUACCUUUAGGAUUACUACGUGCUCCAGAUGAAAAUAUGGGAAAUGAGUUAUCUUUUGUCUAUACAAAUCCAGUUCCCUCUUUAAUCAUGAAAAAAUCCGACAAAAUUUAUUUAUUAGCUUCCCCUGGUUGGACUUAUUUUCCCAAAUAAUAUGGGGAAGGAGGUUUUUUUUUCCUUUUCUUUUUGUACAUAAAGUGUUUUAUUUUAUAUAAAAUAGACGUAAUAUUUAUAAAAC